AGUGAUAGAUCUACGUCUUGGAAACAAUGAGCAAUCUCAUUUGGGGGCAUGGUCUUAGUGUUGACCGCUUCAAAUUUUUUGCACUAAUCUAGAGGGCCUGCCUAAUUUCGUCCAACCAUAACAUUAUUGUACGCGCGAUGUUUGCCAAAGAGCUUUUAACAGCAUUCAUCUGCAUUUUGCUCUGCCACAACCCCCAAUUAACUCACUCAAAGAAAUGUGGAUGCCUGGAAAAACCACCGAAGUACAAGACUUGCUUAGAUCAUUUCUGUAGGCCCCACCUUACGCCACACGCAAUUUUGCAAAAACAUUACGACUGCGUCUGCAGGCUGGGUGCAUAUCGAAAUCCCUGGGGUCAGUGCAUAACGCUGGACGAAUGCAAGAGCUGCGGCACGUUCCGGACUAAGAGUUUCAACCUGUGUGCGUCCGAAUGUCCGAUGCAGUGCGAUCAGCCCAUACCAAACUGUUCCAGCAGGUGUGUCGCCCGCUGCGACUGCGCUCCAGGAUACGUUCUGGACCGAGGUAACAAAAAAGAAUGCGUCAAGGCCGACUGCUGCCCCCCUAGGUGUCCCGCCAACUCGAAGUUCAAGCUGUGCGUCUCCAGCUGCCGACCUAUGUGCAACAGGCCACAGCCACGGAUAUGUUUUAACGAUUGCUUGAGAGGUGGCUGCGUGUGCAACCACGGCUUCGCCGAGACCGUUGUAGGAGGCGUGAAAACCUGCGUGCCCCAGUUCACCUGUGGUCAAAGCCACCAAUCUGUCGCCCAGAGACAAAGUCUUUGAAGCAAUGCAAUUUCUUCUAUUCGAAAAAAAAAGCCGACGUGUUUAGAGCUUAAGCAAAAUUACCAAUAAAGCGAUAGCGCACUAGUAGCGUC